AUGUCAACCGUAGAAUCUGUUUAUCAAAUCAUAUUUCCAUGGUUGAUUAAAUUACCGACAGCUCAAAAUAGAAAAUUCUUUGAAGCUAAUAAAGAAUUUAAUGAGUUCAUUUCUGAUAUUAUUAAGACAAGGAGAGAUGAAGUUGAAAAUCAGAAUGGUUAUAAUAAUGGUCGAGUCGAUCUGUUAACAAGUAUGCUGGAGCUUAGCAACCAGGAGGGAAUUCAUACUGAUUCAAAGCAAUUAAGAGAUGAGAUGGUGGGCUUUUUCGUUGCAGGCCAUGACACAACUUCAAUGGCGUUAAGCAGUUCGUUAUAUUUUCUUGCAAAAUAUCCGGAAAUGCAAGAAAGAGCACGAGGAGAAGUAAUCAGU